AUGGAGUCGAACAUCUCGCCUCGGACGGCCUCCGUCCAUCCCUCUGCUACCGGCCCGUCGUAUCCCUCAGCCUUCUCGCAUCGACAUUCGCAACACAUGCGACGACCUAGUCGAGCCGAGCGAUACGAGCAUCUCGUCGAUGCAGCCCGGGAAGUGCUGGAGAAGGGAUCGCGAGGACUCGAGGGGCUCGGUCUCUCCGACGGAGGCGAGGGCGACAAUGCGGAACGGCGAAGACGAAGCCUUCAUAAGGCUGAAGUCGUCGACGAGCGCGAAUGGCGCGAGUCGGUCCGCAACUUGCUCAAGGUCGUCGAGGGCAUGCAGGAUCAGCUCUCUCGGCACGACGAGCUGGCCAAGCAGCUCAAGAUUGCGCAGUCCGAGUAUGCUCUGGCAGCGAGUCAUGCCGAGCACCUCGAGGAGACCUUGCGGCGGCGAGAGUCUCGCUCAUCGGCUUCUCUGGCGAUGGCGAGGGCGCAUUCGGGCGGAGCGGAGACGCUCCUCUCCCCUGUCCCGCCCGCCCGGCGUGGCAGCAGCGAUGCAGCGACCGAGGGGAGUGGCGGAGGUUUGUUUGGACUCGGUCUGUCGUCCGACGGCGACGGAGCGAAAGGCUUCUUCCGACUCCCCUCGAAGCGCAAGACGACGCCUAGCAACGCCUCAACCGUCUCUCUCUCGGCGGCAAACUCGACAGGCCCACCUAGCGUUGCAUCAUCGAUCGCGGCCGUUUCGCCCGAUCCGUCGAAGGCGUCUCCGCUCGUCAACGGCUCGAAUCACAGUCCAACGCAGAUCAACGCCGAAAUCUUCUCGCUUCAGACAACGAUCUCGAGCCUCGAGCAUGAGCGCACCGCGCUGCGGAGUACGAGCGAGAGCCUGCGGCGCAACAACGAGAUGCUGGUCGUCAAGUGCGCCGAGCUGGAGAAGACGAAGGACGACCUGAUGAGUGAGCUGGAGAACCUGAGCGUGGAGCUGUUUUCGGAAGCGAAUACAUUGGUCGCGGAGGAACGGCGCGAACGAGCCAAGUCGGAAGACGAGGUUGCGCGCUUGCGAGUCGAGGUCGUCGAGCUCAAGAAGCAGGUCGACGUGCUGCGACAGGCGCUCGCUGUUCGUUCGGCCCCUCCCCCUUCCUCAGAUCCCACCUCGCCAGACUUACCCGCCCUUCCGCCCUCUGAACCUUCGACACCUCUCAUGCCCGUCGCAGACGGCCUCUCUGCUUUCUCCACAUCUCCCUCGCGCAUGCCAUCUUCAGCAGAGGCACCUCUCGACCGACCGCAGUCCGUCGCGUCCGUCAACUCGACCGGCAGUCGCAAGUGGUGGUCGCUCAGCCGAGGCUCGUCCAUUGCGCCGGGAGAGUCCGCACCUGCACUUCCGCCGCCCCCAUCUAGCUCGCGCUCUUCGACCCUUCCCGUUUCGUCCGGAUCCCUCCAGCCUCCAACGAUGAAGCGUAGCGAUUCGGGCUCGUCCCACCUUUCGACCGCAACGACCAAUACCUUCGUCUCGGCUCGUAGCGGCACCUCGCCGCUGCUCGGCACGGUUACCGACACCUUCGACGCGGAGCUGACGGUACGGGCGAAAGACAGGGCGAGGGCGCUCGACCUGGGCAUCUACAUCCCGGAGGAGUCGAGUAACAUGGCGCGGUCAGGGUCGGACGGUGGCCGUACUGCUGGCGCGAGGACUCCUCGGACAGCUACGGCCCUGCAUCCCCCGGCAGGUCUGGGCGUGCUGCCGUCUCCGACAAGCCCGACCCGAUUCGUCACCGAAGCCAGCACAGCUUCCUUCGCUUCGCCUCCGCUUCCUCCCCUCCCUCCACCUACACCUCAACUUGGCGGCGACGCUACGGCACCCAUACCACGCCCACGCCGCGCCGGCGCCGCUGUCCCUCGCCCGCACGCAAUGGUCGUCAACGAUACCCCUCUCGCCUCAUCAUCCUCCAUCUUCGCCGGUCUCGACCCCUCGACAGUCGGAGGCCCGAGCAACAGCGAAAUGUCGGCAGGCGACAAGAGCCCCCGCAGUCCCAACGAGGAGAGGUGGUCGGCAGUUGCGAGCAAUCUUGCGACUGUGCCUCCCGUUGCACAUGCGUCGAACGCGCGAGGUCGAACGACGAGCGAGCGAUCGCAGUAUCAGCCCAGCGAUCAGCCAUCGACAUCGCUCGGGACAGCUGCUCAUUCGCUGCGUGUUGACACUGGAUCAGCCACGCUCGCACCGCCAACAAACUCCCCUGCCAAUCGCCCUCGCUCAGCUGGAUCUGAUGCUGGUCCAUCCAUCCCCUUUCCUCAGUCGGCGAGCUCGGCACAACCAACAUCGUAUGGGACGGCUCGCGCUUCGGCGAGCGGACCAUCCUCAGCCAACCCAGCCGGCCCGUCCUGUCGUCCGCCUUUCCUCCGCGCCAACUCGUCGUCUUCAGCAACCGGCCGCUCUCACUCGCCUUACGAUGCGAAGACAGGUAUCCCGCCGUCGACGUCCGCCUCGUCCCUCGGCUCGCGAUCUAUGAGCUCAAGCGAUGGGCAUGAGAACGCGCGGGCGCUGAGUCCGGACGGCACCAAGGCGGUCGAGGAUUUGGAGAGUCUGAUGGCGAGCAUCAUGCAAGAAGGUUGGUUCGACGGAGGCGACGUAGAGGGAGGGGAAUGA